UGAACAUGGACACAAAUCGGUCGUUUGAUGAAGUUACACGAGCAUCUAGGAAGGGUCUGUCAUCGGGAAGCAGAUGAUAUCGGUCUCGAUACAGAAAUAUCGUUCGCAUAAGUGUCAUCGUCCACCUUCUGCUCAUCCUCCCUCAGGGUAUGAACGAACCAACUCACCUCAGCAGGGUAUGAACGAAUCAACUCACCUCAUGCUCAUCUUCCCUAACUUGCUCCUUUGCAGCUUCAACAUUGACUACGAAGGAAUGUGAAAUAAACACUAGUUGUCGCACCCUCAAUCAUGAAUCAAGAAUGACUAAUGUAUUAUUGUCUUGCUUUUCAAGCAUCUCAGACACAGAGGACUGUCAGCAUACGAAUCAUAGAUUGUGGCAUUAUGACGAAUAAGGAGAUUCAUUUGUUGUUCCUGUACACUGCAUUUCAUCAGGCAUUUUUGAAUGAAAGGACGAUCCAGAAGUACAUGAACAAGAUGAUGAAAAACUAUCUAAGGUUGAUGACACGGAGGUUAUUAUGUCUUUCAAGUACUUAGCUCGUCUCGAUUCAUUUACUUUUACUUGUGUUCUUGAUGUUGAUAUACGAGUGGGAGGACAAUUACCAGAGCCAGAGUGCAGUACACAUGCUGCCUGGUAGCAGCAGGGCAGAAUGUUUGACCAUGUGCUCUUCGACGCGUUGGACCCAACGCUACAAGCGCAGCUGAAAAAAGUGGCUGCUCGAGGAUGGAAGAAAACGGAAUUUACUGGUACCUAUUUCCUAAAAGCACCAUCGCGAUCACCAUCUUCUUUUGAUUUUAUUCAAAUAACUUUAACUUUAUUAUAGCACCAAAUGAAUCUUCAUAAGUAGUUCCUUUUAUUCCCACAACCGCUAUCACUAUCUAUUGAUAUCAGUAUCUUCAAUUGUUGUACUAGUACCAAUUAUUGCAAUUCCAUUGUUAUAAAAUAUGCUGUAACUUCUACUUCAUUCACAUCACUUUUUUUUUGAAUAUGAAUUUCAGAUAAUCACACGCUACUCCACUGGGCAUGUGCACAAAACCGGUCCGACGUGUUGCGUCUCGUACUGGAGUCAGAGCUUCGACAUGACGUCGAUCUUCAGUUGAGGGACGGAACUGGCAAGACAGCCCUUCAGUAUGCGAAAGCCGAAUCCCCUGAAGCAGCAGAAUAUCUCGAAAGGUACAUGCUGGCGCAGGGCGGAGGGAAGACACAGAUUGAUCCGCGUGGUGAUGUAGUAGUGAAUACUGUGCAAGCGGCGUCGUCGAGCGCAUCAACAGAGGAUGGCAAUGCAUCAUCCAGUGGCUCGUCACUCGGUUUUUUUGGAGGCUUUUUUUCUUCCUCGACGAGUUCCUCCUCUUCGAGUAGUGCAUCCUCUUCCGCUGGAGCCGAUGCCCUUGCCCCGCCGAGUGCGGCGACGAUAGAGGAGCUCCUGGCGUCGUCACGGAAGGCCAGUGCGCGACUACCAUCAGGAGGUGAAGGCACCGGGACCGGACGCAGGAAGCCUCCAGCCGCGGAAGGGAGUGCACGAGUAGGAAUGCGAGAGGAGGCAAGAGGAUAUGGGAAGAUGGCGGAAAUCGUCGCGGCAAAGCUCGCGGAGCACGAAGCGGGUCAGGUCCAAACGGGCGGGAGGCCGUCGACGUCCAAGGAGGCGAAGGAAAGACCGCUGUCGCUGUAUGAGGAACCGAUUCUGGGAUCUCGCAGAGCCCCUGCGAGCAACCGGCGAGCGGGUGGAGACAAGAGUGCAACGGCAGCUUUGGCGAGCGGCCCAGCAGCGAGCGCGUUGGGUGCUGCUGGAGGCACCGCGACAGCGCAUUUUAUGGGGGAUCUAACCAAAGCCAACAUAGGAGGUGACGAGAAGCGCGGUGGCGUUUUGGGAGGUCUCUUCGGCAACCUAUGGAACAACGCCUCUGUCGACGAAGACGCGGAUGCGAAUCCUUUUGCUCCUGGUGCGCAAGGCGGAAGCAGUCUCGGAGUUAGUCCUACAGCUAGUUCCCCGACGAGCCCCUACGCAGGUGGCAAGACGCGUCCAACAGGCGGCAUAUGCACCGUUCUAGGUGGGUCGGCGGCAGAUGUAAGUCCUAAACCGGGAGAUCGCGGCUUUUCCAGGCCAGAUCUAGCACAACGGCAGCUUCUCGAUACGUCCUUUCUAUCGCCGACGCAGACAAAGAAGUCAACAUCUAGUACUGUAAAACCAAAUACAACUUCUACGGGGAGCAGCGACCAGAGCAAAUUGGUACUCGGCGGCGUCGAGUUUUCGCAGGAAGAACUGAAGGAGCUCCAGCAACCGCUGCAGUUCGAUGGACUAGAAGGGAAACUAGGCAAGAAGGGCAAAGGAAAGAUGAAGGGACCGCCUCCAGGAUACUACAACUACAAAGGCGGUCCUCCACCUCCGGCUUACUACGGCGGUCCGCCUCCUGGAGCUUAUCCACCGCCUAUGUACGGAGGAUAUCCUCAUGGGAAGGGCGUUCCGCAUUACGGCGGUUACGACUACUACGGUGGAGGCGGCUACCAAGACGCGUACGGCAACACGUAUAAUCCGAACGGCUACGAGCAACCGGGUCCAACCUACAACACGCUAGGUCAGCGGCACCAGUACUCGCAGCCGCAGCACCCGCGCUACGUUUCGCAAGAGUCUGGCGCCUGGGUGAACCCUCUCGCGCCUGUGCAUGGAACCUACGGAAGCGGGCAGACGGGGCAGCUCCUUCCGCAAGGCGUCACCGGCCGAGCUAGACGGGUCACUUCGAAGAAGAACGCCCGAACGCCGUUGAUGGGGGCAGACCACUUCAACGAGAAGGAACAGGACAAAGCGAAAGGAUUGAUGGGGAUGCUGGAUAUGCUCGACCCCCGCACGUCGACCGAGAACAUGACAACGACCUACGGCGCCACUGGGAGUGCCAGCGGCUGCGCCACCGGCUGUUGUCCGCCUCGUGCACCUGGAUCAGAAGAAAUCAUCUGUCCGGCAGCCGGUACUCCAUCGCCUGAUGUGGGGAAAAUGUCAAACGCAGCAAGAAUGCGGGCUCUUCAAAGCGAGUAUCGACACGAGGAGCUGAGUGCCAUCAACGAGGCAGAGGAAAGCGAGGACGAAGACCUCUUCUCCGACGAAGAAAGCUCGGCAGUGCGUCGCGCCCGUAGGGCAUCUCGCCGAAGACAGGCCAGAAAGCACAUAUAGUACUUUACCCUUUCUUCUUUUUUGAUAUUGCCAGGAGUAAAUGCCUCGACCAUACUUACUGGAGAAAGCAAAAGGAGCACUUUCUAUGCUUGUGUGAGUCAUUAUAUUAUAGAACAACUAGAUGAUGUCUAACUCUAAUAUGAAAAGAAGCCUCUCCAGCUCCACCACGAUUGAUUUUAAAUUACAUUUUCCACCACCAACAGCUUAUUUCCGACCCCAUGGGGUGGGCAGAUACCGCUAACGCGAAUGCAGUUCUUCUGUUGUCUCUUGACAAUUCUCGUUGUCUCAUCUUUUGUUAAGGCUGUAGUAUCUCAUCACCUCGUUCUUGUGUCUGUGAGGCUGAGGUAUUCUCAAUGGCGGUUUCCCCUUAGAAUAUAUGUUGCGGGAAUCUAUGUAUAAAGGGAAAGAAGGCAACUCACAACUUCAACAGUACGCUUAGCACGGAUAAUCAAUGACGCACCAGUACUACACGUAGCUCUAACUUUGGCUUCUAUCUAUUGUUCGCCUGCCUUGCGGCCUUGUUUCCGACUUUUGGCGACAAACUAGAGGCUACUGUCACAAGCGCACCCGGUUCACACUACAUUCUGGGUACCAGCACCAGUAAACCAGGACAAGCGAACUCGCUUAGGGGUGGGAGCGAGCAGCAGGAAACGUCGAUGCACGGCGCGACAGACGCUGCAGACAGCACGAACUCAGCACUUCUAAAAGGAAGGGUGAAUGCCGCUGCUAGCAGUAGCUUUGUAGGCGCAAGGGUAGGUACUGAUACAACAUCACUUAGCAGGAGGUCAAAUGGCGCCGAGGAGCAAACAACUGCGAGAACAGCUUCGCAGACUAGUUUCUUUGGCACAAACAUGAACCACCUCUUCGAUGUUCUCACUGGCGUAGUAAAGGGAGGCGAGGAGGAACAUCCGCCCGACACUGACAACGUGGCAGGAAAUGCAGAUGAGCAUGCCACGGCAACAGGAGACGAAGAGGCGGUAUUAGCCCCUUCUUCGUUUGGUCAACUAAACAAGCAUAUUGCAGAACCGGAAGAGCAGGCAGGCGCAGGCGAGGUGCUUGGAGUUCUCGGUGAAAGACGACUUGGCGACGAUGAAGCAACUACAACUACACAACUUCAUGCACGACCUACAGCUGACGAGAGAGCUUCGCAGACUCAGGUGGAUGUGGGCGGAGAUGCGAUGCCUAGUACUACUACCUCUUCUGCUAUUUCAUCUAGCACGCAAGUAGCGUCUGCAGACGGCGGAGACAAGCACGUGCGCCUGUCGAUCGAUAGCGACGGUGAGGCUCGCGCAUUUUUCCAAGAAGCAUAAUGAAAGAAAUGCUAGAUGGCGUCUCUGCCAUCUAAGAUUGUGAUUCUCUUUUUGUUUUGUCAACUGCAAGAGCAAGAACUUUGUGGAAGUUUUGUCAACUCAAACGAAUAAAAUACAACUUCGUUAGCAAGAACAAAGUGGAACACUUUCAGUUUAUGGUCAUUCUUCAUCUUCAUGUUCGUCGGUGACUAAAAAGAAUACGGACUACUUAGCACUAGCAAAUUGUCAUCAGAAUUCGAUUAUUAUUUUCAUCCAUCUUCGUUAUCGUUUAUGCAACAACCACGACUACGGUCUUACGCGACGAAAUAUUUGAAAUUGUCAUGAUCAGCUUCGUCGAAGCUAUCUUUUGGCGAACUCUUCAAAUUACAUAUCACAGCGAUCUGGAUUUCGUUUCCGUGAUACUUAAAUAAACACACUUACUAGAGAAUCACACACGACAUCGCCCCAUUGACUAAGUUCGUUACACAUAAGUAACCGAUAUUGAUAAAAACCUAAAUCAGAUAUAGAAUUAGAAAUCGAUAAUUCGACUUGUUGUUGCAGUUGAACUAGAUAGAUGGUACCUACUGCUACUGGUAAAAGAGCCUUCUUCGGUGCACAGAGGCGUAACAAAGCGACAGCGAUAAUUACUUCGCUGCUCGCUCAGAGUGGUUUUUAUUGUUUAUGCAAUAUGCAUUUGCAUACUCUCCAAUAGGUCAUGAAUUCUCUUCGAGGAGAUGGCUCGCAAGGUAUCUUUUACUCAGAAGAGCACAUUAAUGUCUUCUCCGUCUACUUAGCGUUACGUCAACAUUUAAAAAUCUAAAUUAAUUUAUCUUCUUUUGUGUCCUCGAAACCAACUAACUCUUUCAAUUUUCUCGAUUUUCAAAACUGUCAUUCUGCAUAAGCAUUGACGCGCUACGACAGUGUUAAUAAAAUAACUAACAAGAACUAGAACAUCAUCAUCAUUCCUGCAUCAAAUUGUCAUCGGCGUUCCCCCUAUAAUAUAGAACAAUCCCGAUCCCACCUAUCGUAUCACCAAUGGAACCCGUUAUGUAUGUCAUGAGAUGUGAAUUUCAUGUGCUGUAGGUAGAUGCAGGUGCCUAGACAACAACACACAUCAUGAAAUCGGUAUCUGAUUUUUCCAAAGGGAACACACAC